AUGGAUUGGGUGUUCUGCGGCGCACUAUCGUUUCUCCGCUGCGCGGAGGUCACCGUUUGCUACGACAUCGCUUGCCAGUGGAGUAAACGACUCCACGAGCGGAUUAACAAGAUGUCGUCCAACGAGGCCGUAUUCCCAGGCGCCAUACGGUUUCUUCAACACCAUGUCGACAAGACUAUCACAUACGUCGUUCCCAAAUUCCAUCUCUACGCCCACAAGAUGUUUUGCCAACUGCGAUAUGCUUUGGGUUUGUUGUUCGGAGUUGGUAUAACCGAUGGCGAAGGCGCCGAGCGUGUAUGGUCCGGUGCGAAUCCCGCGGCUUCUAGCUUGCGCGAGAUGGGUGCGGGCGGUAUGAGUGACACUAUGGACGAUAUGUGCAGCUCAUGGAACUGGAGAAAAGUCUGCGGAAUAGCCAAUCUCCUCUGCGAGCGUAUGGCGCGUGCAUUGGACGAUGGGGCUCGGCAAACGGCGAUCUUUACACAAUUCACCGAGGCCAUUGAGACAGAUGAUCCUCAGAGAUUGGCCGACGAGCGAGCUGCUAUCAGGACCUGGGAUCAAGAUCCUGAGAAGAAGGCCGGCGCCCCUUGUCCAUAUUUCGUUGAGAAAACACAUUUGACGGUUGCGGAGAUCAAAUUGCAGGCUGAACUGGAUCAGGGCUCUUCUCGCUCUGCUGCCUCGCUGGAAGUCGAGGAACAGGCUGUGCUUACCACAUUCCUUGCACGUGGACUCGAGAUCGAAGGGGAUAGGGCACGCUUCUACAAGAAACACAAGCCCAGUGGAGGGACUGUCGAACAAUCGACGGCUAGGACGAGGGCUUUAGGCAUGAUCCUGCAAGAACUCUUGGUUUUUCGAAGGCAGCAAGAGUUGUAUAUGCCCGAAGUCUACUCGGCACUCACCUUGGAUGAACGCGAUCCAGAUCGCCAGGCAGCCUUAUCUGUCAAUCUAUAUCUGCCAUCAAACUUUGCGAACCAGGACGAGACCACGGUGCCCGCUGCAGUGCGCUCAUUGGAAAUUCAGCUCAGAUGGGCGGCGAUGGCGGACGAGCUCGACAACUUGCGACAACAAUUGCGCCUCAAGGGUUGCCUGAACAAGUUCAAACUGGCACAGAUCACCGGGCAACACAACAACACCCGCGCUCGGGAGACUCAAGAUAUUGUUCUCGACAAUGUUGAGAAAGCGGCAAAGGCAUAUCGACGGCACCGUGAGGCCUACCUCGCAUUGAUGGGGAAGGGUGCUUGGGAGGAUACAAUGAAGCCGUUGCGCGACAUUGACUGUCAUGGUUUGGGUGACCGGUUGCUCGAGCAGAUAGAGAACAUGACCGAAGAAAACAUCCAACAGUUUUUAGCAGGGAAGCGUGGCGCAGACUCGUCGGGAGAGACCCGUUACGAGUUACCUUGGAUCUGGUAUAGUGAAUCGGAGGAAUUUGGGCUUCAGGUAACUGACGAACUGAUGGUGGAAUGGUGCAAGAGCCGCGCUCGGGCACAGCACUGGGUACAGGAGGUCCGUCUUCUCGAUGAAGAGAUGCGGCGUAUUGUCGAGUUCAGCGAGAACAUGGCGAGGAUCUGGGAUACGCGAUGCAAACCGCAAGGCAGGAUGGACUUCGGCGAAGAGCAUGCGUACGCGUCUGACAAGGGCUGGGAAGAUGGAGCGCGAGCGUAUGCUUCCAAACAGGCGUGGAUUCGGCGUUCCCAGGCUUCCAAGUGGCGGGAACAAUGUCAAGAGCUUCGAGCGGACGCCCAACGGUUUAUUGCCGUCCACACUACCGAGGGCUUGUCCAUAGGGCCUUGCCAGAUCAUGACAGGCUACGACAAGAGCGCAUUCCAUACCACAGGGGGCGAGGGACCGCAGCAAACCUCAACAUCGGGCAAUACACAGGUUGACCGAGGCAUGUCCCCGAGCGCACAACCCACAUCUGACACAGACGCAGAGAUGGAAGACCGGUGUAGCGUGCGGGAGAAGGCAACACUGGGACUAAGGAUAUACAGGAGUUGA